ACAAGUACUCUUUCUCUAUACAAAUAUAAUUUUAUUUUUUAGCUUUUUGUGUGCUUUAAGCUAAAAAGUAUCUAACAAUGAGAACACCUUGUUGUGACAAAGAAAACAUCAACAAAGGUGCUUGGUCUAAGCAAGAAGAUCAAAAGCUUAUUGAUUAUAUACAAGUUCAUGGUGAAGGAUGUUGGGGAUCCAUUCCUAAAGCUGCUGGGUUGCAUCGUUGUGGCAAAAGUUGUAGGCUAAGAUGGUUAAACUAUUUACGACCAGACAUCAAACGUGGAAUUUUUGCUCAAGAUGAAGAAGACCUUAUCAUCAAACUCCAUGCCCUCCUUGGCAAUCGGUGGGCACUCAUAGCUGGAAGGUUGCCUGGACGUACAGAUAAUGAAGUGAAGAACUAUUGGAAUUCUCAUAUUCGUAGAAAGCUAAUCAAAAUGGGAAUUGAUCCAAAUAAUCAUAAGCUACACAAAGGUUUUCCUAGUCCUCAUGUUUUUGCUGCGGGCACAUCAUCAUCAUCAUGUGACAAGUCCAUUAACAAAUUAGAGAUUAAUAAUAAUAAUAAUAAUAAUAAUAAUAAUAAAAUCUCGUUCAUCAAAUCCAAAUCAUGUGAUGAUGAGUACAUUAAUAAUAGUGUUUCUUUAACAAAGAAAGAAACAUCAUCUUUGAAUCUUGAUCUAACCAUUGCUUUGCCUUCUCCAAAUAAGUUUGUUAUACCUAAUAAUUGUGAGUCUCGCAAGACUAGGGAUAUGGAUAUUGAUCUUAAUUGUUAACAUAUAUAUACACUUCUUGGUGUUUUGUAUGAGAUUAAUAUAUAUAAUAUAAUUACUUAUUAUUA